GCGGCGAUAUAAGGCGGGCGCGGGCGUGCGGGGCCGGGCUGCCGCCGGGACGCGACUCCGACCCGACACCGACCCCGGUGCCGCCGCCCGCAGCCGUCUCCCUUCCUUUGCUCUGCUCUCCCUUCCGUGCGCGCUGCCGCGGGCCAUGGUGAACCUGCGGGCGAGCGCCCUGGAGUGCGAGGCGCUGCGGGGGCUGCUGCAGGAGCGCGCCGCGCAGUGCCUCGUCCUCGACUGCCGCUCCUUCUUCUCCUUCAACGCCUCGCACAUCGUGGGCUCCUGCAACGUCCGCCUCAGCACCAUCGUGCGCCGCCGCGCCAAGGGCGCCGUGGGGCUGGAGCACGUCGUGCCCAACGAGGAGCUGCGCGCCCGCCUGCGCCAGGGGCUCUUCCACACCGUGGUGCUGCUGGACGAGCGCAGCGCCGACCUGGAGCUGCCCAAGCGCGACAGCACCCUGGUGCUGGCCCUCAGCGCCCUGUGCCGGGAGGCCCGCGGCGCCCGCAUCUGCUUCCUCAAGGGUGAGUCGCCCCCCCGGCCCCGCCGCCGCCCGCCGCGGGCCUCGGCGCCGCCCGGGCCCCGCCGCUCACCCGGCCUCUCUCCGCCCGCUCUUGCAGGGGGUUUCGAAGCCUUCUCGUCCGCCUGCUCCGAGCUCUGCACCAAGCCGGCCGCCCCGACGGGCCUCAGCCUGCCCCUGAGCGCCGCCGGCGCCCCCGGCAGCGCCGACUCGGGCUGCAGCUCCUGCGGCACCCCGCUCUACGACCAGGGUGGACCCGUGGAAAUCCUGCCCUUCCUCUACCUGGGCAGCGCCUAUCACGCCUCCCGCAAGGACAUGCUGGACGCCCUGGGCAUCACGGCGCUGAUCAACGUCUCUGCCAACUGCCCCAACCACUUUGAAGGGCACUACCAGUACAAGAGCAUCCCGGUGGAGGACAACCACAAGGCAGACAUCAGCUCCUGGUUUAAUGAGGCCAUUGACUUCAUAGACUCUGUUAAAAAUGAUGGUGGAAGGGUAUUUGUGCACUGCCAGGCUGGUAUCUCCCGGUCAGCGACCAUCUGCCUUGCUUAUCUCAUGAGGACCAACAGAGUCAAACUGGAUGAAGCCUUUGAGUUUGUGAAGCAGAGAAGAAGCAUCAUCUCCCCAAAUUUCAGCUUCAUGGGACAGCUGCUUCAGUUUGAGUCCCAGGUCCUUGCCCCAAACUGCUCAGCAGAAGCUGGCAGCCCUGCUAUGUCUGCUGUAUUGGACAGAGGAGCAUCAACCACGACAGUCUUUAACUUUCCAGUCUCCAUCCCUGUUCACACAUCGUCCAGUGCUUUAAGCUACCUUCAGAGCCCCAUCACCACUUCCCCAAGCUGCUGAAAGGCGGGUGAAACCAUGGUCACAACUCAGACUUUUAUUGUCUCAAAGUGCAAUAACUAUGGGGACAGUGUCAGUCACUUCACUUGCAUUUUGUGGGGAUCCAUCCAUCCAUCCAUCCCAGAGUGCUGUCGUAAGCAGAGAGGAGCUUGCCUCGUGCCAGAGAACUAGUGUUACUUUUUUUUGGCAGAUGUUUUAAGCCAAUAUCUGGAUGUCUACGUAGAGAUCAAAGAACAUAGUUGUCUCUUCCCGAGCUGUUCCUUGUCUCCGGUCUGUUUUAAGCCCGCUCCCUGUCUAGUAGUAUAUGCACCAGUAUUCCUGUUCCUGGACACUUCAAGCAACACUGAUGCUGUCCCUGUAAUAUGACAGUCCUAUUUAUUUAUUUUUACAUUAAUGCAUUGGGUUUUUUUGCCUUCACAAACCUAAAGUUUCAUUUCUAGAGAAACAAAAUACCUCAGUAUUUUUUUGGUACUGUAAUCCUGUAUAUAUCUGUCAACUCUUCUUGUUUCCAAGCACUGACGUGAAAGCACCAGGCGAGUGCUUUUUUGAGUUGCCAAGGGUUGUAUGUUUGAUUAUUUAUGAUGUGAAAUAAUAUAUUUCUUCUUAUGAAGACAUAGUUUUGUUACAUGACUAUAACUUUUUAUACAAACAGAAUAAAUUAUGAUAUUUCUAUUGA